CAAGAAAAGGACCGAGAGGCAUUUCCCACCAUCUAAGGACAAAGGAUACAAUGUACACCGCAAAUCUGUCGCACACCAGCCGUUUGCUUGCUCGUUCGUCGAGAUUUGCACCGGCCAGAGCGUUCUCUGCACGUUCGCAGGUGCAACAGGAGCAGAAAGACACGGAAAAGGACACCGGGUCGCUCGACAAGUCACUCCAGAGGGCUGCAAGAGACUCCACAAUGUCUCUUUCGUCGUCCCAACUCAUCCACCGGCCGGAGCUUUGGAAGGGCCUUCCUUCGUCGGUGGUGGUGGAGCUCUAUCGUGCCCGUGUGAUCUCGCUCGGGAAGAACUACAAGCGCUCGGAGACCGAGCUCAAGUCGAUUCUUGCCUGUGCCGCCAACCCAUUGGAGGCGCAGACGCUCUACAACAUCUACAACUCUACGGAGGCAGACAUCUACAAGGCUGACUCUGAAACAGAUUACGACAACUACGUCACCGAGGGUGAGUACAUGGAGGAUCCAUUGGAGCCGUACGGGUUCGACGAAUACCCGACCGGGGCACAGGACAUUGUGCGUGACUUCAGAGACUUGAUGGCGUUCAACAGAAAGGCUGCGUUUGAGCUACCGCAGUUGGCCCAGUUCAGGAAAGAGUACAAGCCCACCGCACGGACAGAGUCGCCGGUCACAUACAAAUACACCCGUUUCAUCGGUGAAUCGCAUCCCGGCGAGCGCAAGGUUGUGUUACAGCUGAAGGUAAAGGACCUGCAGUUGUCCGCAGCCGCCGAACACAAGUUCAAGCUUCUUGCAGGCUCCAGAUACGACCACAAAACCGACCUGCUCUUGAUGUCUUCCGACAGAUACCUCGAGCCCGCACAAAACGCUUCCUUUCUUUCUGACGUGCUUGAUGACCUUGUCAGAGAGUGCAACAACAAGGCAGAAGAAUAUGCAGAUGUGCCUUUGGACAAGAGACACACCAUUGCCAAGUACUCGAAGAAACAAAGAAAAAACAAAAACUACAUCCCAUUCCCUAAGGAGUGGGAGAAGCCCCAGAAGGCGGGCGACAGAACCAUCAGACUCACCAGUGUUGUCGAUGCUGCUGGUAAUCUGUAAGCUUUCUUGUGUGCCACCCGCCACCCCUCCGAACCCUGUAUAUAUACA